AUGAAACCCAACUGUUACGCUACACUGCUGACAACCGAGUCCUAUGCAGUGGGGGUAGAAGUACUCGCCAAGUGCCUAUAUAGUCAUGGCAGCCGAUAUCCGCUAAUCGUUUUAUGCACUGACGAGGUGUCUGACAAGUCGAUUGCAUCGAUUGAACAACUACCGAAUGUGUCUGUAAAGAAGAUCCAUAAGCUGCUUCCAUCUGCCAAGGCCGUUACCAACUUUGUCUUUGAGCGGUUUGCUGACGUCUUUACGAAAUUUGAAGUGUGGAAGUUGAUUGAGUACGAGAAGAUGUUGAUUCUGGUUGUUAUUCCUUCCAACGUUGGGAAGAAGGCUUGCAAGACACAUACUCCGCAAGUAUGCUUGCUAGAUGCAGAUAUGCUAGUAAUCAAAAAUAUGGACGAGGUCUUUGAUCUAUUAACCGAAGGUCGGGAGCUGGCUUCUACCUCAGCUUGUAUAUGUAACGUAAUGAGCAACCCGAGAUACCCUGCUCAUUGGAUUAAAGAAAACUGUGCCCACACAUGGAAGGGUCGUAGUCAGCCAUUACCGUCCUCUGCGCCUCGCGCACUUAACGCUGGAAUCUUGCUCCUUCGGCCUUCCAUGGAAACAUUCAGAGUCAUGAACGACUUCUUAUCAACCACGACCGAUUUAACGAAAUAUCAGUUCCCUGAACAGGACUGGCUUAACGAGUAUUUUCCGGACUGGGUUGAACUCCCCUAUAUCUAUAAUGCACUCAAGACGAUGAGUAUCUUCCAUGCUAACGUGUGGAAUAUGGAUGACGUGAAGAAUAUACAUUAUAUAAUGGAGAAGCCGUGGGAUUUUACUCCGGAGGAGCCUGAGUUUGGGAAGAGUCCAUAUGUGGAGUAUAAGGAGUUGAACCAAAUGUGGUGGAAUGUGAAUCGAAGCCCUCUUCAUCGUGAAGAGUAG